AAAAUGUUUGGUGUACACAUUUUGGUGUACACAUUUUGAUGUAAACAUUUCGUACAUUCGUCUGUCUCACGCACACAAAAUUGUCUAUCCACAUUUGCAAACGUGUAUGAGAUCAUACACAAACAAUUUUGUAGACCUAGCACAUCCCGUACCCGGAUAGGGAAGCGCGGGUCUUGUUCUGAAACGAGUUCAGUACGGAACGGACAGGUCCAGUGCUCUGUUUUUCUAUCGAACCGGAAGCUUGGCCUGCACAUAGUCCAACGAGAUGGGACGCCGUCAUCUGAAAACCGAUCAACGGUCAGAUCCCAACUAGUUGGUUAUGCUUUCAUACUUGGUAGAUGAUAUUCAUGAGAUCAAAACGCACUGGCCAUAUAUAUCAUCUCUGAUUUCCUUAGCUCUAUUUUCCCGGACUAAGAAUUAGAGAAGAAAUUAUGGCUUUCUUAGCAACGGCUGAAGUUUGUGAUUCUAAUAUAGCUUAUCUUGCGAGUGGUGAGUUGCGGGUACUACAUCCUGUUUUUCAGAUAUAUGGGCAAUGCCGUGCAUUUUCUGGCCCCAUUGUUACUCUUAAGGUGUUUGAGGACAAUGUGUUAGUGCGGGAGAUUCUUGAAACCAGAGGUGAAGGCAGAGUCUUGGUGAUAGAUGGUGGUGGAAGCUUGAGAUGUGCCUUGGUAGGAGGUAACUUGGUGCAGCUAGCUCAGAAUAUGGGUUGGUCUGGCAUUGUAGUCAACGGUUGCAUAAGAGAUGUAGAUGAGAUCAAUGGGUGUGACAUUGGGGUCCGCGCAUUGGCAUCAAACCCUCUGAAACCCAACAAGAAGGGCAUUGGUGAGAAAUAUGUACCUGUUUAUGUUUCUGGAACCUUAGUUCGUGAUGGGGAAUGGUUGUAUGCUGACAGUGAUGGGAUUCUCAUCUCUAAAACUGAGCUCUUCAUCUGAUUGAGGUGGCAUAACCAUGCUUUCAUUGGCCCAUCUCACCUUAUGCCAUUUAACUCAGAUUGUGUUGAAGUUCUUGCAAUGCUUUCAUUGAACUAUUAUUCUUUGAUCAUCUGCAUAGACUUUGGUUUUCGUCCUUUUUUCUUCGGUGCAUAAGGAGUAUACAACAUUGCUGCCUGCCUGUUUACGCGUGCCAUUGGCACCUCAGAGUAGUUUUAUUCUCCUACACGGAUUUGUUGAAAAUUCGUAUGAAUGCACAACCUACUUGACUGCAGUGGCGGAUCCAGAAAAAAUAUUUUCUUGGGGGCAGAGUAAUUAAGAAUACAACUUAUGUGCCUUUUAUGUCUUGUUUCGAUUUGACAUAUUAUUAAUAAAAUGCAUGAGAAAUUAAAAUUUAUGAUAUCGGUUUGAGUAUGAUAAAGUGAAAUAUUGUGGAUCCCAUAUUUAUUUCCC